AUGAAGUCAUUAUAUAUAUACCAUUUCCUACUACUACUAUUAUUUUCAAUUGUCACUAAUGCACAAAAUUUCUACGAUAAAACACCAAACAUUAUUGAAUUAUCGCCAUCUAAUUUUGAUAAAGUAGUUCACAAGUCAAAUUAUACGACAUUGGUAGAAUUCUACGCACCAUGGUGUGGUCAUUGUCAACAACUAAAAAGUUCAUAUGGCAAAGUUUCCAAGCUAUUAAAGGAUUUGGCUGUACAGGUAGCGGCCGUGAAUUGUGAUGAAGCUAAGAAUAAACAAUUAUGUGCAAUAAACAGGGUCCAAGGAUAUCCCACACUAAUGGUAUUUAGACCACCAAAAUAUGAUGUCAAUAGUAACGGUAAUAGAAAUAAUAGGCAGUUUAAACAUGCUAAUGAGCUUUAUAGAGGUGAAAGAAGCUUUAAAUCAAUCACUGAUUUUGCAUUAAGCAGAAUUAAAAAUUAUGUUAAGAAGUACAUCAGGCCAACAAAGUUGGUUGAUGCAUUGAAGAAAGAUGUUAGUACUAAUGAUAUCAAUAGUAAUAGACCUAAAGUUGUUGUUUUAAGUAAGGGUAGUAAAAUAUCGCCAGUAUUGAAGACUUUAGCUAUAGAUUGGUUAGGAUUAAUUGACUUUUAUAUGAUUCCAAAGGAAUAUCUAAGUGUUGAUAGUACUUCUAAUGAUAUUAAAUGCCCCGUGAAGUCAAUUGAUGACAACAAUAUAAAUAUAGUUGAUACAUUCUUUUGUGAUGAACUACCCAACUACGCAUCAGAUUCAUUGCUUGUGGUUUUCAGUAGUGGCGCGAAUGGCACCAAUUAUACUGUGAUGGACUCUGAUAAAUUUAGUCCAUUAAAUAUUAAUAAAUUUCUAAUUGAAAUCUUACAAAUGCAGCCUAGGGAAGGAUACAUGUCGAAAAGACACGAAUGGUUACAUAAACAAGCCACAAAGAAGUUGAAGAACCCUCCGCCUCCUGUGUUUGAUGAAUUGUGA